AACCAAACAUCUCUCAACCCUUAUAAUCUUUCCUUCUAUUAUUUUUCACUUCCCUUAAACCAUGGCCGCUCCACACAAGGCACCCACCACACCUGCAUUGCUUCAUUCUAAGCAAUCAGCCAACCCUAAGGACAAGGAGGAGAUGAGCAUGAGACAUUACUCCGACGACCUCGUCACCGGCCACAUUUAUGCCAAACAUCGUGAUGACGACACUACUAAAAUUGACCUUUCCAAUUACAUCUCAGUUAUUGAGAGCAUUAUCACCACUGCUGAUCGAAUUACUGAUACCGUUCAUCGCGGAAGUGAAGGGCGUUUGGUGUAUUCAAAUGAUUCAUUGGCAUCCGGUGUUGUGAUCGAGCCUCCGCUCUGUACCCUUCACUGUAUCUCGAGCGAGCUAUCAUGCAAGCCCACGGGGAUAGAAAAAGCACACGAAACCACACUAGAAAUCUUUGAAAUAUUGGUAAAUUAUCCAUGGGAAGCCAAGGCAGCUCUCACUUUGUUAGCCUUUGCAACUGAUUAUGGAGAUUUAUGGCAUCUCUACCAUUACUCCCAAGCUGAUCCAUUGGCUAAAUCUUUGGCAAUUAUCAAGCGAGUAGCUACUUUGAAAAAGCACUUAGACUCACUUCGAUAUCGUGAAGUGUUUCUCAACCCCAGAAGUCUCAUUCAAAGCUGCUUACAAGCAAUCAAAUACAUGGAUGAGAUUAGAGAAUUCUCAAAAUAUGAUGUCAAGGAACUUCCUGAGUUACCUUCUGCUCUUCGUCAAAUCCCAUUAAUUACUUAUUGGGUUAUCCACACUAUUGUUGCUUCUAGAAUUGAGCUCUCCACCUACCUCAGUGAAACUGAGAAUCAGUCACAGAGAUAUUUGAGUGAAUUGUUUGAAAAAAUUGCCCUUGUACUCACUGUACUCGAAAAGCAUCUAGAGGCCAUCCGAGAACAACAUGAGGAAGUUAAUCUCUACCGGUGGUUGAUUGACCACAUUGAGCAUUAUCAUACUGACAUUACAUUGGUUAUUCCCAAGUUGCUUAGCGGUAAACCUGAAACCAAACCACUUAUUGAUGGCACUACUCAUAGAGAGGUAAGUGUUCAUGAAAGUUUAGCGGGAAAGAACGUGAUAUUGAUAAUUUCUGGGUUGGAUAUCUCAGAAGAUGAUAUCAGAGCUUUUCAUAAGAUUUAUGAAGAUUUGAAAAGAGAUAAUAAGCAUGAGAUAGUUUGGAUUCCAAUAAUCCCAGAGCCUUAUCACGAAGAAGAUCGUAAGAGAUAUGAUUAUUUGCGUUCUACAAUGAAAUGGUAUUCAGUACAAUUCACUACAAAGAUAUCUGGCAUGAGAUAUAUUGAAGAAAAAUGGCAACUUAGAGAUGAUCCAUUAGUUGUGGUACUAAACCCACAAUCUAAAGUGGAAUUCAUGAAUGCAAUUCAUUUGAUUCGAGUUUGGGAAAGUGAAGCAAUACCUUUUACAUUCAAUAGAACUGAAGUUUUACUAAGAAAAAACUGGCCCGAGUCAACUCUUAUCAAAUUUGCUCAUCAACCAAGAUUGCAAAAUUGGAUCGCAAGAGAGAAGUAUAUCCUAUUCUAUGGAGGAAAGAACCCAUUGUGGAUCCAACAAUUUGAAGAGAGAGUAGAAAUUUUAAAAAGUGAUCCUUUAGUAAUGGAUGGUAGUUCAUUUGAGAUUGUACGUAUUGGAAAAGAUGCAACAGGAGAGGAUGAUCCAGCACUAAUGGCUCGUUUUUGGAUAAUACAAUGGGGUUAUUUUGUAGUUAAGAGUCAAAUAAAAGGUUCAAGUGCAAGUGAAACAACAGAAGACAUCUUAAGAUUGAUAUCAUACCAAACUGAGGAUGGUUGGGUUGUUCUAACUGUAGGGUCAGCCCCAGUGUUAGUUGGUCGUGGGAGUUUGAUAUCAAAAUUACUCGAAGAAUUCCCAAAAUGGAAGCAAAAUUUGAGGCUCAAGGCUUUUCCUGAUGUCUUUAGAGAUUACUUCAAUGAAUUGGCUCUCAAAAGUCAUCAAUGUGAUCGGGUAGUUCUUCCUGGAUUUAGUGGAUGGAUUCCUAUGAUUGUGAAUUGUCCUGAAUGUCCACGUUUCAUGGAGACUGGUAUUAACUUCAAAUGUUGUCACGGAGGUGUUGAUGUGUGAUGUGAUCAUAAUCCAAAGUGAGUUAUCGUUUUUUUUAUAUGUUAUAUUAUUACUACUAAUUAAGACUACUAUCAAUAAUAAAUGAUGCCAUUUUUGGUGGCAAUGGAGUUGUUUUUUUCCCCUUUUAUGUUGUAAUCGAGGCAUAUGAUCUCGUAGUUAUUUCAUCGAUGGAAUAUUUGUAUGAUUUUUAUGCUAUUUAACUAAAUGAUAUCAUUGUAUCUUUCUCUGUA